AUGGUAGACAGUGAAAGAGAAGCCUUAGAAAAUAACAAAAAACCAUUUACAGUACAAGUGGAGUUUGAUAUAAUGCAGAUGAUGUUGACAACUCUAUCUGUUAUUAGUAGAACAUGGCAACUAGGCUAUCCUAGAGCUGUUGUGUUUGAUGAGUUACAUUUUGCUAAGUUUGUAUCACUUUAUUUACGGAAAAUGUUUUUCUUUGAUGUCCAUCCACCACUCGGUAAAAUGAUUCUAGCAGCCGCUGGUAAUUAUGCUGGGUAUGAAGGAAAUAUUACUCUAGAUAGAAUAGGACAAGUAUAUCCAGGUGAUAUGCCAGUAUUCCAAAUGAGAUUAGUACCAGCUAUACUAGGUAGUUUAAUAGUACCAAUAGUCUAUCAGAUUAUAGUGGAAUUAGGACUAACAAGAUGGGCAGCUGUAGCAGCUGCUAGUUUUAUAUUAUUAGAUAAUGCCCUAUUGGUUCAGUCUAGAUUUAUGUUAAUGGAGGGGAUGCUGAUAUUUUUCAUGGCUUUAUCAGUUCUAAGUUAUCUUAAAUUUAAAAAUCUCAAUCACAGAGAGUUUUCAACUCAGUGGUAUUUCUGGUUAAUUUUGUGUGGACUGUCCUUCACCUUGACACUCAGUAUAAAAUAUAUAGGAUGUUUUGUAGCUGUAAUGGUGGUAUUUUUUCAUGCUCGUGAUUAUUGGAACAUGUUAUCUGAUUAUUCUAGAAGUGAUAUGAAUCUAAUAAAACAUAUAAUAAUAAGAAUAGCCAUUUUGAUAUGUCUACCUAUAGUCACGUAUAUCUCUAUCUUCUAUAUACAUUUAACACAUCUUACCAAGGCUGGACCACAUGAUAAUAUUAUGACUAGUGCCUUUCAAGCUAGUUUAGAGGGUGGUUUGGCAGCUUUAACUAAAGGACAACCUUUGAAUAUAGCAUAUGGUUCUCAGAUAACUUUACGUCAUACGUAUGAUUCUGUCCCUGGUAAACCUUGCUGGUUACAUUCACAUAAUCAAGUCUACCCAAUUAGAUACUCUGAUAACAGAGGCAGUAGUCACCAACAACAAGUCACAUGUUAUGUAUUUAAAGAUGUUAAUAAUUGGUGGAUUGUCAAAGAUCCAAGCAAUGAUAGUUUAGCUGUAGAAGAUCCACCUAGACCAGUAAAACAUGGUGAUAUUAUACAGUUAAUACAUGGUAUAACUAGCAGAGCUUUAAAUAGUCAUGAUGUAGCAGCCCCAGUUAGUCCUCAGAAUCAAGAAGUUAGUUGUUACAUAGAUUAUAAUGUUUCAAUGCCGGCUCAACAUUUAUGGAGAGUGGAAAUUUUAAACCAAGAGAAUGGUGAAAAGAAUUGGCAGACUAUAAAGAGUCAUGUUAGAUUAGUUCAUGUUAAUACCACAGCAGCAUUGAGGAUGACUGGUAAACAGUUACCAGAAUGGGGAUCAAAUCAGUUAGAAAUAUCAGCUGAUAGACUAGUCAAUCAACAAGCUACAAUCUGGAAUGUAGAGGAACAUAAAUAUACAACUAGUGUAGAGAAAGAUAAGCAGUCUUUAGAUCUUCGGCAGUCUGAGAUGAUACCACUAGAACCAACUCAUCUUUCAUUCUGGUCCAAAUUCCUGGAACUUCAUUUCAAAAUGAUCUUCUCAUCACAAGACACAGAGCUAGAACAUAAAUACAGUAGUGAACCUCUAGAUUGGCCUUUUGAUAGUAAAAACUUGGCUUAUUGGAUGAGUCCUCAUAGUAAUGCCCAGAUACACCUACUAGGUAAUCCAGUAGUAUGGUAUUGUGGUACUAUAGGUGUUGUAGUAUAUCUACUGUUUAUCUUAUUCUAUAUGUUACGUAGAAGACGACAGAUCUAUGAUAUAACUGACGGUGAAUUUAAAAAGUUUGUUUUUAUUGGUGAAGUUUUGGUUGGAGGUUAUUUACUACAUUACCUCCCUUUCUAUCUAGCAGACCGUACCAUGUUUCUUCAUAAUUAUCUUCCGGCGAUCAUAUUUAAAGUCAUGGCUUUUACUGCAUUUGCCGAUCAUAUCUAUGGCAUAUCAUUGAGUUACCCCAGAGUCCAGCCUGUUAUAAGAUUUCUAGCUAUGAUAUUGUUGUCUGGAGCUGUUUAUGCCUUUUUAGAGUUAUCUGUCUUUACUUACGGUAACACCCACCUUACGGCUGAACAGAUUCAUAGUUUAACAUGGAAAGAGAACUGGGAUUUCUUGAUGCAAGUCAGACACAAAUAAAGUUGUUGGUAUUUUCAAAUGUCAAACUGAUUCAACAUCUAUUUGAAAAGAUAUUUUUCAGAGCAAUGUUUUUGGUUUGUCUUUGAUUUGUAAAAUAAUCAUUGGUCUUUGGUUGGUUUUGUCUAGUACUGUAAUCAAAAUGUUUAAAUAGGAUGUGAAAAUAUGUGUUGUGUUUGUUGAUGUAUGUUUGUGAACCUAGUUGGUAUUAUUGUAAAGCAUUAAACCUGCACUAUCACACUAUACACUAAAAAAAA